UGACGUCUAUUGCCUGCGACGACUGCUUGAGAACACACCACAGACAUUUCCAUGUGAGAAAAUUGGGUCUAAUGUAGGGUGGUGACACAGGCCACUUUCCUUUCCCACCUGUGGCUCCUGUCCCAUCUCCGAGCUGAUGGCCUGCCGUCUCCUGGGCAGAUGUGGCCGCCUGCUCUGCAGGAAGUCUCAGGCUCCAGCAGCCGUUACAGCCCGCCUGCUUCCGUCGGUGGCUGCACCUCCAGAGGCAACGCGAGCUAAGGGCUGGCCAUGGAUCACAGAGAGGUCAAUGUGUGAAGGAAGGACAAUUACCAAAGACGACCCAUUUCUGUCCAUGCCUACACGCACCCAGCUGGAUGAUGUGGUGGAAAAGGCAACAGAGCCGGAGGAAGUAUUGUCAGCGUGGGAAGAGUACGGAGGAAAUGGUAAUCAAGCUGCUACUGCCCUCAUGAAGUGGACUCAGUUGGUGGUGAAGACAAAAGGCAAGUUUAGAGGACAACAGCCGGAGCUGUUGAUGGAUCCAAGGCUCCUGGAUAUGAUGAAUACCAUAUCUUAUCAGGUGGCUUUGGUGUGGAAUAACAAUCUCGUGACUGUUUUACGGACUCUUUGGAUUAUGGGUGUUCCGUCCACCAAUCCAGUACUGGGUUCUGUCCAGACAGAAGUCCUGUGGAGGGUCCGCAGGCUGGCAUACAAGCAGCUGGGCCACCUAGUAGACUGGGGAGCAACCAGGAAACUACCUCAGGAUGUGGCAAUAGUGAAAUCUGCAUUAAAACAACUGGAGCUGCGCUGGACUGAAAUAGCUGAGGCUAGAACUGUCAGUGCAUUGAUCUCCAAAGGAGAUCACAUGUCGCCUACCUUGAUGGACAGACUCGAAGACAAGGCCUUGGAGCUUGCUGAGAGCUUUUCAGCUGAAGACAUUCGCAAAGUCUUUGUAUCUCUGGCAGCUCAGAGACGCAGAAGUGUCCCGCUGCUCAGAGCUCUGUCCUACCACCUCCUCCAGAAGCCCUCAGCUGAGUUCACCACACCACUCAUGAUGGACAUGGCUUUUGCAUAUGGGAAGCUCAAUUUCAACCAUUCACAGGUUUUUCAAAGAAUAGCCAGUGAACUGUUGCCCAGAGUCCCUGAGCUCAGUGCUGCUGAUGUCACACGCUGCGCCAAGUCACUGGGCUUCCUCAAAUGGCUCCACAUCCCUCUGUUUGAGGCCUUUGCUGAGCAUUACACAGCGAACAGUCACAAGUACAGCACCCUCCAGCUCUGCAAUCUGCUAAUGACUUUUGCCAGAUUGGACUUCCAGCCCAGCAAAAGUGAGGAGUUUUAUAGCAAGGCUCACGUUGUGUUGGAGAAAUCUCUUGCCGGCCUGGAGCCUUUUCUGCAGACAGACGUGGUUUGGUCUUUAUGUGUGCUACAACAGGCCAAGCCUCAAUAUUUCCCCCUCGUUAUUCAGCAAACACAUGUUGCCAAACUGGCGGUGGGAACGCCAGUUCGAGUGGAGAACUAUAAACUGAAACUGUUGCAUAUUGCUGCAACUCUUCAGUUGGAUCCAGGCUCCUCAGAUGCUGCCUCCUUUCCCAGUGUCCUGUCUGUCCCAGCCAGCAGCUCCUCCCCGUCUGCCCUGCAGAGCAGUGUAAGAGAAACGUUACAAAGUUUGGUGGGAGGGAAGACUGAGGCCCUUCGCACUGGUGUUGAAACAGUUUAUGGAUGGACUAUUGAUGGUGAGAUUGUGGUGGAUUGUGAUAAUAAACCUAUUGACCUGUCAGUGCUGAAAGCCCCUCAUUUACCAGGCGGAGGAGGUGAUCAGGAUUUGCCCGUGGGGGCACGGAGGCUGGCUUUCCUGGGUUGGGAAUUUCCCAAUUUUGGCUCCAAAGGUAGAGAACUUCUGGGACGUUUUGUCAUGUUGAAGCGACAUCUUCAGUUGGCCAACUUCAUCAUAGUAGAGGUGCCGUAUUAUGAAUGGCUGGAGCUGAAGACCGAGUGGCAGAAACUGGCCUACCUAAAAGAUAAAAUGGGGAAGGCUGUGGCUGAAGACAUGGCCAAGUGAUCUUGGCGACAUUUGCAGGCUCAGAGCUCUACCCAAUCAAAUGGGACCACAGGGAAUACACACAUCCACCCACGUUCACACACCGAAUGGAGCAGCAUCGCAAAGACAGAAAAAAAAAAAACCUAAACAAAACAUAUUUUCACUCUGGUUCCCUUGGCAACAUGUGGGGCUUUCCCUGUUUCCAUGGUGAUGACAAGUAAGACUUCUGGAGACAGAAAUAAGCAGAACAGUGAGAUGAAAUGAUCAGAGAAUAAGUCGCUGCAUCUGUGGGUGACUCGUCGGAAGAGAAGAGCUGGUGUGGGCAGUUGUUUCCAAAUUAUGCUUGAUAUUGAGAUUUGAAUAAAUAUAAGUAACUUAUGUCAAUAUGUGUCAGCUUAAAAUGUAAUAAACAGAUUUAUUGUCAUUUUUUUCCCUCUGUAUUUUGAUUCUGAUUUGGGUGGGGAGGGGGUUAUACCUUAGUGAUAUUCAAACAGAUGGCUGUUUCUGAGUGUUUCAGUUGUUUAUUAAGUUUUUCUUUUUCAUUAAAUGAGCUUUGAUUUGUAGAAGGAUCCAAGAAUCUUCAA